CAUCAGUUGCUCGCUGGCUCGUGCAAACAUCUCACCUGCUUGCGAGGGGCGAAAAGAGAAAACAAAGGAGAAAACAAUGAAAGGAAGCGUGACAACCAACCCGAUCCGACGAGAAGCGCACGGGGGGAGUAUAAAGGGAAACCGCUAAAAAUAUCCAACACUCCAAAUAUAUGUCAAUUUGCUCUCGUUCGCUCUAUUUCUCUUCUGUCGUUCUCUGGAUACCUGUCUGGUGGGAUUAAAAAUGACUUAGAUUUCAAUCAGCGCUGGCACGAGAGAAAGAAAAAGGGAUGAAAAAAGAGGAGUUUGUCCUCUGAAGAGAGUCAGCGGUGCACAGCUGGUAAGAGCGAGAGGAGUGAGAGAGGGAGGGAAGGAAGAGAACCGGAGUCCGAAAAGAGAGAGAAAGAGGGUCUUGUUUCUCUUUUGAGGAAGCCAGGAGUCGGAUCGCCGUUUCCCUCCAGGACUGCUUGACAGGAAAUGCUGCAAAACCAGGAGCAUCUCGGCAUCUUUAAAUCGUACCACCCACCCUCCAUCCCUCUCUUUCUCAUUGUAUUUGGAACCCUAUUUUAAUGUGAGACAUGACAGACAUCUCAGCUCACUUGAAUUCUUUACUUAACAUCUGAAACAUCUGAAGAGAAGAGUAGAUGAGAGCCACAAUCAUUUGGAGAUCAACACAUGGAAGAAACAGACAGAAUCAGAGCGAGAGAGAGAGAGAGAGAGAUGUGAAGAGGUGUUGAAGGGGAAAAUGAGCAUGUGAACACUCAUGGCAGGUGGGUAAAAAGGAGGAGAAAGAGGCUUACGAACCAAAAACAGAAGAAAAACAGUGAAGAACAGCGGGAUAGACACAAACAUGAACCAACAGAAUGUGGGGACUUUAACAUACGUUCAGUGGAACAUGUUGUGGAGGCCACAACAUGUUAAAAAGCAGGAACAUUUUUAAAAGGAAAGACAACAACGUGGGAUUUUUCACAAGUCAAAGGAGAUACGAGUGGAAUUGAGAGCCAGAUAAAUCUUCAUGUUAGGAUACAUAGACGCUUCUCUACAUGACUGAAUCUGGAUUAACACACGGCUCUGAAUCUCACACACACACAUAUACACACACAAGCAGAUAAAAGCCUGGAAAUGAGCAGCUAAUUGUGUCCUGGGAUCAACACAGACAAGAAAGGUCUGUGGAUCACUCCCCUAUCUACCAUGCAAGACUCCCCACCCCUUCAGCCAUUCAGAAAAUCACACCCGUCCCUCAUCGUAUGCCAUCCGAGCAGCAACACUCACACACCUUCAUCGCUGUCUCAUUUAUCUGUCCAUCUGAAACGGAAUAUCGUCAAGCCCUGUGAUACAUUUUGUCAACCCUCUCCUCGACUAGUGCCAAAGUUUACCAGCAGAAACUCAACCCGGGACAAAACCUCAACAUUGGCAUUACUGCACUGGCUUACACUGAUCACCUGUGCCUGCAUACUGCUUUCUCUUAUUGGUCCAGGAGUAGAAGCUUCUGAGACGUGGGGCAUGGUCUCAGCGUGCCCCUUCCACUGCAUAUGCAGGAAUCUCUCCGACUCUCUGAGUACACUCUGCGCUGACAAAGGACUCCUUUUCGUUCCACCAAACGUAGACCGGCGCACUGUAGAGCUCCGCCUCGCAGACAACUUCAUUCGAGAGGUGGGAGGAGCUGACUUUGCCAACAUGACGGGGUUGGUGGAUUUGACGCUUUCUAGGAACACCAUCAGUCACAUUCGGUCAAUGACGUUUGCAGAUUUGGAAAGCUUGCGUUCGUUGCACUUGGAUGGCAAUCGGCUGACAGAGCUGGGCCCACGAGACUUGGCAGGCAUGCUAAAUUUGCAGCAUCUCAUUCUCAACAACAAUCAACUCAUUAACAUCUCCUCCGAGGCUUUUGAUGAUUUUCUUUUGACUCUAGAGGAUUUGGAUUUAUCCUACAACAAUCUGUGUAAAGCACCCUGGGACGCUAUUCAGAACAUGGCCAGUCUACAUACAUUGAAUUUGGACCACAAUCUUAUCGACCAGAUUGAUGAGGGCUCCUUUAGUGAGCUCUACAAACUAGCCCGUUUGGAUAUGACUUCAAAUCGUCUAAAGACUUUACCUCCCGAUCAGUUGUUCGCCCGCUCACAGACAGGGGUUAUAAGCCCGACACCCUACAAUGCAGUGAUCAACCUAAAUUUUGGGGGUAACCCAUUUCACUGUAACUGUGAACUACUUUGGUUGAGGCGUCUGAUCCGAACCGAUGAUAUGGAGACAUGCGCUACACCACUUCAUUUAGCAGGACGUUAUUUUUGGUCAAUACCUGAGGAGGAAUUUACCUGUGAACCUCCACUUAUUACCCGACAUACACACAAACUCUGGGUGUUGGAGGGUCAAAAGGCAACGCUCAAAUGUCGUGCCAUCGGCGAUCCAGAGCCAGUGGUGCACUGGGUCUCACCGGAUGACCGCAUCAUUGGCAAUUCAAGUCGCACCACAUCUUACCGAAAUGGCACUCUGGAGCUACUCGUAACUGUAGCCCGCGAUGACGGUACAUACACUUGCAUCGCCAUUAACGCUGCGGGCGAGGCCACCUCUUUGGUUGACCUCAAAGUAAUUCCUCUCCCUCAUCGUGGAAAUGGAACAAUACUGUUAACACGUGACCCUGGAUCAUCGGACAUUACCAGAGGGAAAGCUUCCAAUGGACAAAGUCCUGGCACGGAUACUAACACUGACACCCAAGAGGGACAGGAGGAGGGGCAGACUGAGGCUGAGGAAGGGGUCAGCGGUGGGGGUGAGGAGCAGAUGGUGAGAGUGCAGGGAGUGACAUCGACUUCGGCACAAGUGAGGUGGGAAAACCGUCGCUUGACAGGAGCCAACCUGGUGUGGAUGUAUCAGAUACAAUACAACUGCACAGCCGAUGAGACGCUUGUUUACAGGAUCCUGCCCCCCACGAGUGACAGCUUCCAACUGAAGAACCUGGUGUCAGGCACAGACUACAACUUGUGCGUGCUAGCCAUUUUUGAUGACACGAUCACUUCCAUGGCCGCCACGAAAGUCCUUGGUUGCACCCAGUUUAGCACCAAGGACAAUUACCCUGACUGCCGUUCACUGCAAGCGCACUUCCUGGGCGGUACUCUUACCCUUUUGGUGGGUGGAGUUGUUGUGGUUAUGCUGUUGGUAUUUACCGUGGCUUUGAUGGUGCGUCACCGGGUGUGCAGUAACCAUGACAACCACCGUGAGAUGGGAGAAGAGGUGGGGUGCUCAGGAACGGACUCCCCACAUCUGUCUGGAAAGGGGUCGGAUGUGUUCUCUCAGAGCAAUGGCAAUGGGAACGUUAUGAUGGUGGUGCUGCCCAACGGGCUGGUUCAAAAACAAAAUGUUACGGAGGGGGGAUUGGGGUCACCUUCUAAACCAAUGUCCAAAGUGAAACCGAAAACCCUCCCUAAACCCAAAGUGAAUGUGGAUCAGUUCAGGGUGGGACUAGAGGUAGAGAUGGCCUCGCUGAGACCACUCCCUCCGUACACACAGGAUAAAGAGCGAGUGUCUUUGUAUUACACCCCUAGUAACCAUUCGCCCUCAACACUGCCAUGUCCGUCGCACCAGUUAGGAGUGAAACAACUAAAACUACGUGCAACCAGUAAGGACACUGGUAAACGAGCUAGCAUAAGUUUGGCCCCGCCCCCCACAUACAGCACAAAACUCAGUGAUAGGCGAUUUAGCACAGGUGGCAGCAUCGUGGUCCGUCGAGGAGGCACGGACAGCCAAUGGAAUUCCUCGCUGGCCUAUCAAAGCCCCGCUUUGUCCCACCAGAGCCCCCCUCACGGGGCGUUGCGCUACAAGAGAAGUUCGUCCUUUGAUAUGGGUGAAAUCGCCACGACGGCUUGCUACAGUUACGCAAAGAGGCUAAGCGUAAUCUGGACCAAACGGAGCCAGUCGUUACACGGCAUGCUGGUCCACUGUACCUCGGCAACAAGCACCUCGACAACCAGCAACGCAAGUGACGACUUCCAAAUUCGGCACGCGCGCGGGUACAUCCGCGCCUACAACACCACCAACUCUAAUUCCAACCCUCCAAAAGCUGAGGCUGGGAAUUCAAAGGACCAGCAAAUGAAGGACACAGAAAAAGAGAAAGAUGACAAAAGAGAAGAACUGGAGGAGAGUGUGGUGUAGUAAGUCAGAAGAUAGUUGAAACAGAUAUGCUGAUGAAUGAAAGGAGAGGAAGUCAGGAUAGGGAUCAAAAACAGAAAAGGUUUGAAGUUGAGAUGAAAUUUUGUAGGUCAAGCUUUUGAGAGGGCUGAAGAUCCCACAGAAUGUUGAUUGGUGCUAUUAGAGGAGAACUAACAAGGCAGUCAAACAGGCACGAUAGAAGUCAAGCAUCAAGUAAACGCAAAACGAUAAGGUUGAUAAUGAAUCUUGGAACAAUGUGUUUUUAAAAAACUUUCUAACUAAAGGCAAGCGCUUGCUAACUCACAUGGGCUUUGGAAAAACGUGGUGGUAUUAGGGCAUCCAUCGAUUUGUGUUCCAGUAAAUAACUGGGACAGAGCCAGCAAGUGGACAUGCACAACCGAUUGGAACCAGAAUGAUCGAAAAAAUCUACAAAUGUGGACUACAGAGGAUGCAAACUAAAAAAAAGGAAUGUGAAAAUGUACAAACGGUACAAUGGAAAAAAUGCUUUGAAACUCAAAUAGACAAACAGUAAGUGUUCACUGACUGUGGUUUAAAGUUAAUAUUUUGUGUAUGAGGUUGUAUGUGUUUGUUUGUUUGUUUGUAGGUGAGUGAGUGAAUUAAUGCACAAAGAAUUCAUCAAAAUACAUUUUAUGAUGUCACUGGAUCUGCUGUCUGUGACCACCAUCAUCCAGUAAUGUGUUAUUGGAAGCUAAAAGACUAUUGCUGGCGUGGGAACUCUGGACUACUGUAUAAGAAGAAAAUAAAAGAAAUAUAAAAAAUAUAUAAUUUCAA